AGCAAAUUCGACGCUGACAGAUAAAUCGUAAACAGAAGGUUAAUAUUUAGAUUGGUGUCUUUGUUAGGGAAUUCAGCGUCGUAAAAAUUCUGGACAGUCCGGCAGAAAAAUACGUAAAUACGCGAUGGCCAGAUCAAGACAUCUUCAGGCCAAAUACGAAGCUUCAUAUCGGCAGCGACAGCGGGAGAAAAAAUUACUCCAGAAAGCUGCCAUGACCGGUAGUGUAUAUUCGCAACAUUCUAGACAACGAAAAAAGCUACCACAAAAGACUCAAGCACUUAAUGAAUCAGUAACGAAUUACUGCUUUAACGAUAUCAAUAAGAGCCCUUCAAAAUUAUCUCUGCACAGAGAUCCUCUAUUGGAAGUCUUCACAAUACGAGAUGCUCCAUUUGCCGAAGUUCUUACAGAAGAUCGUAUGGUUGAAACCGCUCCCAUAAAAAUCGAACUUGCUGAUCCCACUGAAAUGAAAUCCUGUGCUCUCUGUUUGCGAGCCUGUGGAACACAGCUAAUGAUCGAUUUCUCUUCCGAACAAGGAAAAGGCGAUUUUCAGUCAUUUGAUUAUCAGCAAAAACUUGAUGUGACUCUUGGUCAUGAUCUAAAUCUUGAGCGGUGUUCAAUCUGUCGAACAUGUUGGCGGCUAAUUGAAACAUUUGCCGACUUCAAGGACUGUUGUUUGAAAGCGCAACUUCGAGCCGGUCAAUCUUUGCAAGGAAUGAUUGACGAAGAAUCCGAUCCUUGGUUGAGUAGUGUUACGCUAGAAGCAGUUGACCAAAUUCACAAUAUGGUUCAAACACAUACGCUACGUAUGAAUUCAGAAGAAAUUGUAACGAAAGUUGAUCCUCGUACUCCAUGUCAUGCUUCCGGUUCGAAUAGUAAAUUAGACGAGGUUGCAAGUGCAGCCGAGCCGAUCUCGUUUGAAGUAUCAAUGGUGGACUCGACAGAUACGAAAGAGAAUAUCGUAGUUUUUGAACCUGAGAAUGUCCAACAGGACGAACCCAUGCGCGUGACCAAGGUUGACAAAAUUAAAAUUCAAAUUUGUGAGAAAUGUCAAAGGCGAUUUGAUACGAAAGCAGGACUGGCCGUGCAUGUGUUGCGAUGUACAGCUACUGAAGAGCAAGGGGCUGCGAAAUCAACACAUACAUGCAAUUUAUGCUCUGUCACGUUCACCGCCCGGUCGGCAUUAGUUGGUCACCUUAACAAGCACAAAGGUAUAAAACCAUACAAAUGUCGUAAAAAUUGUGAAACAUAUUUCUACGGAACUCAAAACAGACGACAACACGAACACAUCUGUAGUGUACAACAAGUGGUUUGUUACAUAUGUGGUUUACUACUCAAUUCAAAGAGAUACCUUAGAUGUCACAUGAACUCCAUACAUGGGGAUAUAAAAUAUGCUUGUGGAAUUUGUGGACGGACGUUCCCAACCAGGACACGUCUUGAGAUACACGAACUGACGCAUUCGAAUGAACGCAAACAUGGAUGUGAUGUGUGCAGCAAAACUUACAAAUCAGCCGUUGCCCUUAAAGUUCAUAAACGUAUACAUACCCAAGAAAAGCCAUUCAAGUGCCCCAAAUGUGGGGAGGCUUUCAUGUACACCCAUGUCCUGAAGAAACACGUUAAGCGCGUUCAUUGAAUCGGUUGCUAGCAAUUAUCUGGUACAUCCAUAUUUGAGUUACUUUGGUAGCAUCUCAGCAUCAAAACCAUUCCCCAGAAAAUAAAAUGCCAAAGCUCAGAAGAGUUUUCUCCAGGUAUGUAUGUAUGAUAAUGUGUAACUAUCACCUAUUGUAGCAAAAGAACGUUUUACUGCUAUGACUUGCAAUUACAUUACGAUUUGUUUAAUCUUUUCAAAUGGAACACAAUCA